AUGGCGCAGAAUACGCCCUCUCAGAAUCUACACUCCAGUCUCGGCAAGCUGCAACUCUCCCCGUCCUCUAAGGGCACUCCUACAUUCCCUAAAAACGAACCCGUAGACUCCUGGGAAGACGAAGCAGACAACGACAGCUCUCCAGACGAAGGGCAGAGAACCCCCAUCCACGCCGACACCUCCCCCGGCCCUCCGCCGCCCACGCCCUCCUCGCCGUCAAUGUUAAGCCCCCAUAGACUCGACUCCCCGUAUCAAUCUUUUCCUGCCUACGGUCUGGAUGCAGCACUAGAGGGCCGAUCAAUUCGGAGAGACGUGGAUAGCGAGGAGCGAAGACCGGAAAAGUCGACGGCCGUGGCGUCGAGGCUGAUCGCCGCGGGUAUAGGACAGAAGGCGCCCAGGCGGACGCAAGAGCAGAGGGAAUACGAUCAGGCGAUGAAGGUGCAGGAGAAGAAGAGGCGGGACCAGGCGCGAGAGGAGGAGGAGAGGAAGAAGAGGGAGAGGGAGAAGGCGAUCAGGGAUGCUUGGGAUGGGUGA